AUGGCCAAAAGUAUGAGAAGCAAGUCGAAGCGUCGGUUUCGAGCGAUAAAACGCAAAAGAAGCUUCAAAAAACUGAAAGAACACCUGUUGGAGCUGACCAAAAGCGACAAUGAUAAAGUGCCUACUGAACAAGAGGAAAACUGUGUUGAAAUGCAAAGUGUUCCAAAAAAGCUACCAAAAAUAUUAUGCAAUGAACAUGGAACCUAUCCAGUUUGGCUUAGCAAAAAGGAGCGUAAAACACAAAUAAGACUAAAAAGGCUUCAAAAAAGAAACUCACGGUCUAAAAAGCUCAAAUUGUAA